AUCCGUUUUAUUAAUGAGGCAGGCGAGAGGCCCAAGCCUGGGGGGAAGGGGAGUGCUCCUGCCCUACCAAGGGAACGGGGUCACAGGGGGCCAGGACAAGUCCCUGGGGGGCCCCCUUCCUCAUAGGGGUAGCUGGAGCCCAGAGUAGUCCCUACCCAUUGCCAGGAGUGAAGAGAGGGGGAUGUAUGCCACCCCAGGCCCCCCAAAAGGCUGGUGCUGCAGUAGAGCGGCCCCUGGAGGCCUGAGUGGGCAGCGAGAGGAGGCAGGGAACAAAGUGGAGCUGAGGAGCCGCCCCUGUAGGAAGGGAGGGAGCAGCCUGCCAGAGAGCUGGACCGAAGCGAGUGGUGCGGCAGGCAGCACGGACUGAGAAGCAGGCAAUGGGGACCUGGUGUCCCAGCCACCACCAGGUAAGAAGGGUGGAGGGCACAGGAGGAUGGGGCCAUGGUUCCCUCUACCUGUCUGUCCGUCGCUCUUACCAUCUGUCCCUUCUCCUUUCCCUUCUAACCCAGGAGGCAGUUCUGCCCUCCCAGCCCUCACCACUGGGUGUCCAGGGAUGGGUGGUCCUGAGUCAGCCUGGAGGCUUCUGGAGCAGGGACAUAGAGCUGGCAGGAGUGGAACCCUGGGGCAUCCAGAGUAAGGCAGCUGUGGUCAGGGCCCCACCCCUGGCACCUGACAUGAACCCCUACGGGACCCUCAACCUGAGCCUGGUGGGCGAGGCGACUACGUGUAUGGUGCCUGAGGCCCCCAACGCAUCAGCUGGGCCACCGUCGGGCCUCGGGGGCGCAUCGCCGGCACUGCCCAUCUUCUCCAUGACGUUGGGUGCGGUGUCCAAUGUGCUGGCACUGGCGCUGCUGGCGCAGGCCUCGGGCCGCCUGAGGCGCCGUCGCUCGGCUGCCACCUUCCUGUUGUUCGUCGCCAGCCUGUUGGCCACAGACCUGGCUGGCCAUGUGAUCCCGGGCGCGCUGGUGCUGCACCUGUACUCGGUGGGGCGCUCGCCAGCCGGAGGCGCUUGCCAUUUCCUAGGAGGCUGCAUGGUCUUCUUUGGCUUGUGCCCACUGCUGCUGGGCUGCGGCAUGGCCGUGGAGCGCUGCAUAGGGGUCACACGCCCCCUGCUGCACACGGCGCACGUCUCGCUGGCCCGCGCGCGCCUUGCGUUGGCCUUGCUGGCCGCGGUGGCCUUGGCCGUGGCUCUGCUGCCGCUGGUGCGCGUGGGCCAUUACGAACUGCAGUACCCCGGCACGUGGUGCUUCAUCGGCCUGGGCCUGGCGGGCGGCUGGCACCAGGCACUGCUCCCUGGGCUCUUCGCCGGCCUCGGCCUGGCCGCGCUACUCGCCGCGCUCGUGUGCAACACGCUCAGCGGCCUGGCCCUGCUGCGCGCCCGCUGGCGCCGCCGCUCACGACUGCCACCUCCGGCCUCAGGCCCCGACAGCCGCCGGCGCUGGGGCGCACGUGGACUCCGCUCGGCCUCCGCCUCAUCCAUCUCUUCGGCCUCCGCUGCUCCCAGCAGCGUCGUGGGCCGUGGCUCAGCGCGUAGAGCCCGCGCCCACGACGUGGAGAUGGUGGGCCAGCUCGUGGGCAUCAUGGUGGUGUCGUGCAUCUGCUGGAGCCCGUUGCUGGUGUUGGUGAUGUUGGCCGUCGGGGGCUGGGGCUCCAGCUCCCUGCAGCGGCCGCUGUUUUUGGCCGUGCGCCUCGCCUCAUGGAACCAGAUCCUGGACCCCUGGGUGUAUAUCCUACUGCGCCAAGCCGUGCUGCGCCAACUGCUUCGCCUCCUGCCCCCGAGGGCGCGCACCAAGGGCAGCCCCAUGGGGCUGAGCUUAACCAGAAGCGCCUGGGAGGCCAGCUCGCUGCGCAGCUCCCGGCAAAGUGGCCUCAGCCGCUUUUAG